CGUGCAAUUCAGUUUCAAAGAUGGCGUCUGCGAGGAAUAUCGCUAACAAAUUGUUUGUAGCUAAAUUGCCGUGGACUGCGUGCCGAGAGUAUCCCAGUCGCAGUAGACUUCAGUGUGCAAACGUCGAUCACAUAUGCAGCCUGUUGCAAUAAAAUGUAUAUCACACCUGUCAACCUCCGAAAAUCUCAAGGCUUGAGAAGUUUUUUUUGGAGGGAUGGAAAGCUUAACAGAGCACUUCAAACAGUAUGGUCAAAUUCUCUCCAGUAAGGUCAUGUUUGAUCUGAAGUCUGGUCGUUCUAAAAAGUAUGGUUUUGUAUUCUUCAAAGAUGAAGAAGCUUGUGAGAAAGCCAUGGGAAACCAGCCACACUUUAUUGAAGGUCAAAAGGUAUUUGUUGAGUUAAUGACAACCCCACCAGCAGGAAGUAGUGAGAGCAGAAAUCCAAGAAGAAAUCGACAAAAUGAGCGAUAACAGUUAACUACAUAAUUGCAAUAACUCUGUACCCUGUUAUCUUGGAAUUAAACAAGAUGGGUGUGGUCCCGAGGGAUUCUAGAUACAAGACUGUUGUUAUCAAUGAACUUGCAUGAACUUUGUUUCAUUAAGCAACAAUUUUAUUAUGUGAACAGAAAAAUAUAAUAAAGAUAAAAGUAAAAACAAUC